AUGUUCAGCACACUCUCAGCGACCAGAGAGAUCAGCUUGAACAAUGGAAGAGUCAUGUUCGCAACCCAGUCUCUACUCUGGAAUCAAUCGAUGCUCUCGAUCGGACGCCCAGGAUAUGCCUCUUCACCAUUCCAAUUCCCUCGCACCCGUGCCACUCGUGUCAAGACUCUCCAAAUUCCGGGUCGACAGCGACGUUACUUCUCGGCCACGCAUCAUCGCUCACGAAACAACACGCAGUCGUCCAAUAAUUCGACUUCAGCCAAGCUCACCUUGUCGAAGUCUCUCAUCCUUCUCGGCCUCGAUGUGAUACUAAUAGAAAGCUAUUAUUUUCGCGAGUAUGUUGAGUAUCAUAUCGCCAAGCUCAGCAUAGGUCAGCAAGCGGCUGAAAUCAGCAACGUUCCCCAUCUCCAGACGAUGCUAGGAAUAGCUCCCAUGCCAGUUUUUAUUCAUGUCGGCGGCCAAUAA